CGCCUUCAGCUUUCUUUGACUAUCGAUCUUCAGAAUUUCGAAAUUAUGCUUUGUUCUUUCUAUAUCUUAAAGAGGUUGGAGUGUAAGAUAAUAGAAGAUACUAAAAGGUAUUUCUGUUAUAUUUGCUGGGGUUGUUCCUGCAAUGGUUUCAGUAUUCCAGUGAAUGCUUUAUUUCGUAUUACUAUUAAACUUGAUUGCUUAGAUCGGGAGGAGUUGGAUGCGGAGGAAGUUCUUCUUAAGCUCCAGUUCAAAUUGGGCAAGGCAACGGCCCGUUUGGUGCGUUUGCGGAAACAGAAACGUUCCCUGCGUAAUCGUAGCGCGAAGAUAGUUAGUCAGGAUCUGCAUUCCCUGGAUGAGCUGGAGAAGAAGGAGCGUUGGGAGGAGGAUGCU